UUUUUAUUUUAUUUUUUUUUUGUUUCUUUAUAAUAUGAAUUUUCUUUGUGCGCGUCCCACCGAUUGGCUUAUCGGCCGGCGUGCAGUUAUCGCGUCGGACGGACUCUCGCGUGCGUUUCAAGAAAAAGCGCACACCGACCGAAAUGCGAUUUAUAAUUUGGCCGGAGAAUUGCGUCUUAGACGUAAAAAUAGACCUCUGGCUAUGAUUAGUAACUGCCCGUGCGACGCGCGCACGCGUCAGUCCGACACGGAUUGAGUACCUACUGCGGCAGAUACAUAUACUUAUUAUAAUUAUAGACCGUGUGCGCGCCACACCACACGACAUCACACUACGACCGGAUAUACAGCAUCGCCUGAGCACGAUUGUAAGGAAAAUCUCAUUGUCCGACCAGUGCAACUAUCUCAGAUGGGUGCAAUAUGGAGUCGUCCGGCAGAUUUGCCAGCUUUAACAGCACCAGAUUUAGUUGAAGAGUCUUUUGAAAGUACUGCUAUUGAUGCCAAAGAUCCAGAUGAGUUCGACAGAUAUUUGGCGAGUAUACGCGAACGGCGGCAUGACGCUCUUUCGUCGAUUAAAGCAGAAAUGAAUCGAUUGAGGGAGUGCAAAGAAGAAUUGGAAAUGGUGAGAAAAGAAAAAGAUGGAUUAGAACAACAGGUCAAAGCUCUAAAGCAAGUGGCAAACAUCAGCAAUGAUAUGUUGAAAAUCAGAGAAGCACAGGUGACUGACUUAAAAAAACGAUUACAAGAAAUGGAAUCACACGCGGACGAAUGUUUGGCUGAUUUGCGUGUGGAGUACCAAAAGCAAAUCGACAAUAUAAGAAAUUUACGUCGGCUUUAUGAAGAAAGGGCAGAAGCAGCAGCUAUGGGACAUGAAAGAGAAAUUAAUAAAGAGAGAGCUAAAAAUUCUUUGUUAGAAGCGAAAUUGGCAGAAGAACUUAACAGUAAGCAGGGUAUGAAUGAUUUUAUAGCAAAACUCGAAACAGAUGUUCAAGGUAAACAAAUCGAAUAUGAACAAAUGAAAGCAAAAUACAUGACUACAUCAGCAGAUAGAAUGAGCCUUGCAUCACAAAUGUCUUUAGUUAAUAAUCUAUUCUCUACUUUAUUAUCUGGUGAUGAGGGACCGGACUUUGAUAGAUUCGCUCGGAUGCUAGAGGAAAAUAGAGAGUUGAUAUCUGACUUGACAUUCAACGGGGAUAUUAAUGAAACAGCUUCUGUGUUGAUGGAUAUUGCUGGUGAUACAUUGGAACGUUCCGAAGAAGUAGAAUGUACGUCAAAUCGAGAAAAAAUUGCUUCAAAUCUGCCAAAAGUUUGGAGAAUACUCGUUGAAUUGUUGGGUCAUUAUGACAAUAAAACAGAGAUUGAGGAUAAGCCAGACGACCCAAAUGAAUCAAGGGUCGCUUCUGUAAGUAGAACAUUUUUGAAGCUUAAAGAUCUUAUCCUUGAAAAAAAUUCUUUGGUGAAAGAUAUCGGUAGACUGAAGACUCUCAACGAUCAUUUGGAAUCAAGACUUGGCCAUCAGCAACAAAGGCUUUCAACUGUAUCUGCUGAAUUGUGUAAAGCGUGGAAUGCUGUAGCCAAGCUUAAUGCUCAACAUAGAAAACUGCAUACUCAUGAAAAGAUUUUAAGGUACGAAUUGCAACAUAAGAGAACUGUAUUAACUGAACUUAAACAGGAGCUAGAAUAUUGUCGAGAGAAAUGGGAUCAAGCCCGAUUGAAGAAUACUCAAUCUCAGGAAGAUUGGCAGUCGUUACGAGAAGAAUUUGCUCGGAGAAAAUGUAGUACAUCAGUAGAGAGUGGAUUCGAAGAUGACGAGAGCCGAGUGGCCAUUGCCGAUAGUGGAGAUUGCAGCGAUGAUGAUGAAAGUUGGUUGAAAACGUUAUCUUUGGAUACCUCAGAGACAGAAGCAAUAGACGAACCCCAGUCAGAAACCGAAGCAACUGGGAUUAAAAGAUUAGAGAAACAGAGUAGAUCGUUGCUCAAUCAAAUGGUACGUACUUCUCGAACCAGUGACUCUAUAAGUGAGCGGCUAGAAGAAUUACAAAGACAAUAUGGAAGGUCUGGACGACGGACCACAUCGGAGAAUGAAGAUCAUUCAGAAGUUUUAGUUGAAAUACCAGGAGCUAGUACUUCGACGUCUUCAACAUCAAUAAUUUUACAACCAAACGAAAACAAUACAUUACAAACCGAUGAAAUAAUUAUAAGAACUGAAAAAGAAGAAAGACUGCAACAAAAUACAGCUACAGCUGUAUUACGACCCGACGAGGAGGAAAGACUUCAACGAAGAGCAGCUAGAUUAAAAAGAUUGGAAGAACAGUGUUUGGGAUUAUUCAGACAAGUUAGUGAGACUAAUGCCAGGAGUGAUAUGAUAUCUGAUCGACUGGAUGAGGUGCAUGCUAGACAGGUAGCUAGAUCCAAUGAUCGGCAGGCUACAACAAAUACUACUGUUCAACCCGACGAAACACCUGAAAAUUUAUGAUAAGAAAAUAGUAAAACCACAUGGUUGAAAUAUUACAUUUAUGUGAAAAGUUGGAGUCAUUAUAAAAAUAAUGAAUAUGAAAGCUGUAGUGUAAAAUAAAAACCUAUUACCAAGUUGGCAUAUUAUUUUAAAGCGCAGUUACGUUGCACAUUCUUGCGCAGUUAAAAUUAUUGUUUUAAAUGACCGCAUAUUAUUAUUUUCAGUAGGGUCAAUGUCAUUAAUAUUUGUCUUUCAGUUAAUAUAAUUAAAAUAACUCCAAACUAUUUUAAGGGAAUUAUAUAUAUAUAUAUAUUAUAUACAUUUAUACAAAGUAAUUAUUAUUUUAAAAAGUUUUAAAUAUCUUGUAGUUAAGUAAGUACCUAUUAUUUUUACAUAGACGUAUGCGGUACAACAUUUUUGAAAAGAUUAUGUUUUUUGUAAUUUUUAUCGUUAUCAUUUUUUAAGUUUUUUCUCUUUUGAAUGACAACAUAAAUCAUAAUUUUGUAAAACUAACACACCUAUAUAAAUACAUUUUAAUAUUAUAAUUGUUAUGGUUAUUUUCGCAUACACAGAUGCGUGUAAUUCAUUGUGUUAUUAUUAUUAUUAUUAGAAGUGUAGUAGUUUACACAAUGUAGUCUAUUAAAGUUUAAUUCGUGUUAAUAAAUAUACAUAUUUGAUUAAU